AUGGCUCCCACAUCUAAACGUGGGUCAGCAAAGAAAACAGGUGUCCUUGAAGAGGCGCCAGAGGCACUACUGCAGGCGGUGAUUAUUGCCGACUCGUUUAACAGGCGUUUUCGGCCAAUUACUCUCGAAAAGCCCCGGUGCCUUCUCCCACUAGCCAACACUCCGAUUAUCGAAUAUACAUUGGAAUUUCUGGCACUUGGUGGUGUGGAAGAGAUCCUUUUGUAUUGCCAUGCCCAUCAUGAUCAGAUCACAGAAUACAUCAGAGAAUCGAAAUGGAGCAAAGACUCUUCCCCCUUUCAAAUUCGUGUGAUUUACUCUCCUAGUAUUAUGUCUGUCGGCGACGUAAUGCGAGAGCUCGACCAAUCACGACUAAUCAAAGAAGAUUUCAUACUUGUUAGCGGGGAUAUUGUCAGCAAUAUCCCCCUUCAAGGUAUCCUAAAGGAGCACAAGGCGAGACGCCUUGCCGACAAAAACUGUAUCAUGACUUCCGUGCUCCGUGAGAUUUCCCCUCGUCACGAUUCAAGACCCCGGGGAGAAAACGCCCUAUUCAUCCUUGACCAAAACCGUGAAAGGAUACUUCACUAUGAGUAUCUGAAACAGUCGGAUUCCGAGUCCCCUAUGCUCCUUCCUCGAGAACUCGGAAAAGCCUUUCCAACCAUGUCCUUUCAAGAAAAUUUCCUUGACUGCUGUAUCGACAUUGUAUCCUUUGAGGUACCUCCCCUAUUUACCGAAAACUUUGACUGGCAACAUUCCCGUAAAGAUUUCCUACACGGCAUUUUGAUGGAUGAACUGUACGGAAAAACGGUCUACGCCCACAUUCUAAAAUCUGGAUACGCCGGCAGAAUCCAAUCGCUCCAGACAUACGAUGCUAUUCUUCACGACAUAACCCGAAAAUGGACACACCCUUUCAGUCCGGACACCAACUUAAACCAGCAAACCUACAAGUACACCCGAGGUCAUAUCUAUAAGGAGUCUAAAGUGAUACUCGCGCAGUCUGCUGUUAUUAAGGACAACAGCAUCAUCGGUUCUGGAACCAGUGUUGGGGAUAAGACAAUUAUUUCUGGGGCUACCAUUGGAAGGAAUUGCAUUAUUGGCAAGAACGUAGAGUUACACUCCACGAUCGUAUGGGACAAUGUUGUGAUUGGAGACAACUGCUCCCUCGGCAACUGCAUUAUCGCGAACGAAGCACACAUUGGAGAUGGAUGUACCGUCGAAAGCGGGGCGAUAAUCUCAUUUGGCGUUACUAUCGAGAAGGGCACUGACAUUCCUACGACAGCAAGAUACACCAAGAUGAGCACAAAGAAGGAAAAGGAGUCUGGGAGGUUCACCCAAGUUGUCCACUCGAAGACUAAGAGUCUUAUCGAGUACGAAGACUCUGAGGAUGACGAAGACGAACAGAGGGAGGCAUCUAUGGGGGGCCUCUAUGCCCCUGAAGAUGAAAGCGAUUAUUCUGACAUUUCAGACUUCGAGGAUGAUGACGAAAUUCCCGGGAAAAGAAAGAAAGGCCACGCUCGCACUUCUAGCGAAAGCGAGGCUGACAGUUUCUUCCGGGAGGCUUACAACUCUCUUCUAGGGGCUCUUAAGCAAAGCCACUCAGUUGACAUCAUGAUCCUAGAAUUAAACGGUUUGCGAAUGUCCGCCAAUGCUGAGUUCAGCGAAGUCAGACGAGCUACUGCCGCGGCGGUUAUCAGCUACAUCGUUUCAAAGAUAACCAGCAACGAAAAUACCUCGAAAGUUGUCGAUGCAACAGUUGAAAAGCUUCUUCCGUUGUUCAAUCGAAUGAUAUUUGAGGUCAACGAUCAGGCCGAGUUGUUAGGAUACAUUCAAAGGGAGCUCGCAGGGAAGGAGAGGGGCGGCACCCUCAUGCAAGCCAUCGGCAUGAAACUCUAUAAUGAAGAUUUGUGCGACGAUGAAGGCCUUUUGAAGUGGUGGAAUGAAGGCAAUGGUCCGCAAGGUGAAACUCCGGAGAUGACGAAGGUCAGAGACGGAGCAAAGGCCUUUGUUAAAUGGGUUGAAGAGCAAGAUGAAGAUGAAGAUUCCGAAGAAGAAGAAGAGAGUGAGGAGGAGGAAGAUGAUGAGUAA